AUGUCUGAAUUUUACGAAAUUAUUGGCAGCCUUGAACUUGAAGAAAAGGAAAUCGAUAAAUUACAAAUUUAUCUAACCAACAGUUUUACUAAGAUAAUUUCCUUCAAUAGGAAAAAGGUAUCGGAUAUUGAAUUAUUAUACGAACGAGAAAGGAGUAAAAGGUCUCGUCUUGAAGCUAUUUUAGAUGCAAAGACUUAUAACCUUUCCUCCUUGUGGUACAUAUAUAAGACAACACACUGUCAAUCUCUGUGGUUUGAACCCGCAAGAAAAUCAAUCUCGUUCGCUAUACUACCAACUGGAGAUAAAGAAAACGCAUAUUUUCGUAAAGAAAUCUUAGAUGGAGAUAAUUACGUUAAGGCUGUAAGGUAUAAAAUUACAACCCGAUAUGGGCAUACUUUAUUCAUAAUUCAGAUUCAGAAAUAA